AUGUUCAUGAAAAAAAAGGGCCAAGCUCAAGAGAAGGUUGACAAACCUAAGAAAGCCCAGAAACCCACGAAAGCAGAGAAAAAGAAAGCAGAGAAAGCAAAGAAAGCUGAGAAAAAGAAAGCUGAAAAAGCUGAGGGAAAAAAAGGGAAAGGGAAACAGAAAGCUACUCCAGCAGAGGAAGAAGCCCAGCCUCUGAAAGAUGUCUCCCUCAGCAAGGCUGACGCUGCAAAACACAAGGCCCAGAUCCUGAAGCUAGCCAAACAAACAAAAACCUCCAUCAAAGACAAGAAUGCUUCUUCUUCCCCAUUGGAGUCGCAGGAGGAUGAGGCUGCCUCAACUUCAUCUAAAGGCCCAUCACGGAUGAUGCUAUUGAAAUCAAAAGGAAAUGACCUCAAAGCCUGUCUGGUUGAAGGAGAACAGGAACAAGCGAAAGAGGAGCAACAAGAUGGUGAAGGAGAAACCAAACAGGGGAGCAGGAAAAACAUUGGCCUGGUCCUGGGCAGAGUCAAGAUGGCAUCUGUUCGACAAAGGAGCAAUAAAAUGCUGGUCAAGCCUGGAGAGGAAGCAUCUACAGCCGGGUCUACAGAUGCAGUCUCAGCCAAACCCACGGAKAGUCUCGUCACUCGUAGGAAAGGUGUGACGACUCUACGCCAUGUCUCGGGUUGGAUCAGGGGGAAGAUGCCCAAAGGGUUCAACCUGAGGAGUAAACUGAAAGUAGUGACCCAGGCCAUUGGCUUCUCCCAUUGGCUCCCUCUCCAAGCCAUCAAACAGAGGGAGGGAGCCACUAGCUCCAAACACAGCCUGCUUAAACAUCGGAUGGCCAUGCGUGUGGCUAGUAAGACCAGCCUGGCCAGCAAGAAGAACCGAACCUCUGGAAACGGAGCCGAAGAUAAGUCUGCUGUCACCCAGAAGAGGCAAGCGGGGGAGUCUGGUGACGACCCCCACUCCACCUCCCCUCCAGCAGCCAUCGUGCUCCCCAGGAUGAACAAGCUGGGCAUGGGAAAGGCCAAAGGAAUCCUACCAGCACAGCCAUCCCAGACUGCUCAGCAAGCCUCCUCCUCCACCCCAGGCUCCAGCACUGCUGUGGGAGCCACCCUCGAAGCACCCAAGCCCCCCAAACCAGGAGCCAGACUGGUACUCCCGGUCAAACCGGACCUCACCCUCCUCAAGUCCAUAAAGAAGCCUGUUCCUGGAGCAGCACCAGAGCCAAGGAGGACUGAAAGUAUAAAUGGGAGCACAGGAGCACAGAGACCCACACCGGAGACCAGCAACGAGGACAGGAAAAGGGAGGCGGCACUUAAAGGCAAUGAGGGUUUCAGCAUCCUCCAGGCAGCCAGGGGCAAACUGGGCAACGAUCAAUUCAAAUUGACCAAGCUAUCCAAGCCUCUUGCUACUGCUGCAAUAGAAGUAGGACCCAGCCGUGGAGCUGUAGUCCCAGACAGGGAGACAGGAGCUGGGUUUGCCGGACCCCCCACUGAUGGUCCUGAGUCUGGAGAACCUGUCAGACUGACUGGAGAACCAGCCAGAGUUGGGUCUAGGGUGGGGUCGUACUAUGAAGAAGAGGCUGAUCGAGAGGUGGCCCAGCUGAUGGGAGGGGGGGGGCUGUACCCUGUCGGCCCUCUGGAGGUGCACUGGGCUGGGACGACUCGCAUGAGCGGAGACCCCCAGGACUGGCUGCGAGCGGAUACCCUCCUGCCCCACCAGACAGUGGAGAAGCUGACCAAGUGGACGGUGUACGAGGAUGGGAACCAGGCCAGGACUGUACCGACCCACAACGGGAGAGGACCCUGGGAAUCUGAGGACCCUGCUCAGGACAUGCUGGAGAGUCGCCUCAACAACACAACGGUAGCGAUGCCAGGGUCUGACCAGGCUGUGGAGGUGGACGAGGUGGAGGAUCUAUCCCAGCUUGAGGAGGUGUGUGAGAGCUCUGUGCUGCUGAAUCUGAAGAAGAGGUUUCACCGUGACUCCAUCUACACGUACAUAGGUAACAUGCUGCUGUCACUUAACCCCUUCAAGCCCCUUAACCUCUACACAGAGGACCUCCGACAGCAGUACCAGGGCAAGGAGCAGAAACGCAACCCUCCCCAUGUCUAUGCCAUCGCCGAUGCAGCCUUCAGCCAAUCUCAGAACUCACCACAAGAACAGUGCAUCGUCAUAAGUGGUCAGAGUGGAUCAGGUAAGACUGAGGCCACCAAGCUUAUAGUCCACUACCUCAGCUCCAUGUACCAAGGCAGGAACAACAACCUCAGACAGCCCAUGGAGGUGCUGCCGAUUCUAGAGAGUUUUGGUAAUGCCAAGACCAUCCUCAACAACAACUCCAGUCGCUUUGGCAAAUACCUUCACAUCCACAUUCUCCAGGGUGUGGUGGUGGGGACUUCGCUGUCAAAGUACCUUCUUGAGAAGUCACGCGUGGUGUUCCAGUCCAAUGAGGAGAGGAACUACCAUGUGUUCUAUGAGCUGCUGGCGGGGAUGAACGACUGGGAUAAACAGGAGCUCUAUCUGCAGGGAGCAGAGACAUACUACUACCUCAACCAAGGCGGGUCCUGUGAGCUGAAGGGGAAGCUGGACAAACAGGACUUCCUGUUGUUGGUCCAGUGCUUUGAGACGAUUGGUCUACAUGCCGACCAGAUCUCCACAGUCUGGGCCAUCCUCUCCUCCAUACUACAGCUGGGGAAUAUCUGCUUCAGUUCCUACGAGGUGUGUGUGAGAGAGUGGAGUGAGUCAUUUGAGGUGGCCCGUAUCUUCAGUGAGGCGGAGGCCAGGAGAGUAGGUUCUCUCUUGCAGGUGUCUUCAGAGGCCCUACAGACAGUCAUCACACACAAAGUCACGGAGACAACCUAUGACAGGAUCUACUGCCCCCUGUCUGUGGAAAGUGCCAUAGAAUCCAGAGAUGCCAUAGCCAAGGCCUUYUACUCUGUGUUGUUCGAUUGGCUGUUGGAGCAGAUCAAUGAUUGGCUGAGCCCUACAGAAAUGGACAGCACCGUGGGGAUAGUGGACAUCUACGGCUUUGAGGACCUGGGAGUGAACAGCUUUGAACAGCUGUGUAUUAACUUUGCCAACGAGCAGCUGCAGCACUUUGUCAACAAGGCCGUGGUGACCCAGGAACAGGAAGAGUACAGUACAGAGCAGAUCCAGUGGUACCCCGUCCCACUGCAGGACUUCCACUCCUGUCUAGACCUCAUCUCCUCCAGACCACAUGGUAUCCUCCGUAUACUGGAUGACCAGACCUGCCUACCCCAGGCCACCGACCACACCUUCCUCCAAAAGUGCCACUAUCACCAUGGGAACAGCCCAUACUACACUAAACCCAAGAUCCCUCUGCCUGUCUUCACUGUCUAUCACUAUGCCGGAGCUGUCACGUACCAGGUCCAUAACUUUCUGAAUAAGAACCAUGAUCAGUUCCGUACAGAGGUGGUUGAGCUGUUUGCUCGGAGUAGACUGAAGAUGGUGUCAGGGCUGUUCCGUAAGGUGCAGGAUAAUUACCUGCAGCAGAGAGAGUUGGGCUGGAGGGGUAAAGGUCACAGGCAACAGCCCUCCACGGUGGCAGCACACUUCCAACAGUCCCUGACUGAGCUCACCACACGACUAGAGAGGUGUAAAACCACCUUUAUUCGGUGUUUCAAGCCAAAUUAUGUCAAGCUUCCCGGUAUCUUUGAUGUGGACUAUGUGUCAACCCAGCUGAGGCAUGCUGGGAUACUUGAGACCAUCACCAUCAGGAAGGAGGGAUUCCCCAUCCGCAUCCCCUUCUCCUUCUUUAUGGAGAGGUAUGGGAUCCUCCUGGUGGAGCGACCAGCCACCAUGUCUGAUAAGGAGCAGACCGUGGCGUUGCUGAACUUUGUAGGGGCUGAUGAGGGACAGUACCAGCUAGGACUCACUAAGGUACCUAAGAAGCCACUACUGACUCACCUGUUGAACAUGCUCAACACUGACGACUCCACAGCUGGGGAGUUAGCCAGAGCUUCCCUCCUUCUACCCCUACGGAGGAGGAAGGUCCAACUGGCCACGGACACUGAGGACAACUUAAUGGGCUUCAGGCGGAAGGCCAGUGGAAAAUUGGACACUUGUGCUGUGGGCUUUGGAGUCUGGUCAGACUGGCUGGACCUCAACGACCUGUGUAACAGGACUGGAGUGGAGCUCAGAUGGACACGGUCUCAUAUGCAAACGGAGCCAGUGACUGCCUCUGAUGUAGACCCCUGUGUAGUUGUGUCAGACCCCUGUGUAGUUGUGUCAGACCCCUGUGUAGUUGUGUCAGACCCCUGUGUUGUUGUGUUCAGACCCCUGUGUUGUUUGUACCUGUGUUGUGCAGACCCGUGUAGUUGUCAGACCCCUGUGUUGUUGUGUCAGACCCUGUGUAGUUGUACCCCUGUGUUUGUGUCAGACCCUGUGUUGUUGUGUCAGACCCCUGUGUUGUUGUGUCAGACCCUGUGUUGUUGUGUCAGACCCCUGUGUAGUUGUGUGUUUCUGAAGGAGGUGCUGUACCAGUGUGUGGAGGACAAGUGGAACAGCACUCAGACCUGGGCUGCGGUUACCAUCCAGAGGAACAUCAGAGGGUUCAUUUGCAGACGUAACUUUAGGUUCUUCAAACAAAAGGCCAUUGUCAUCCAGAGCCACAUACGAGGACAUCAGGCCAGGCAGUAUUACAAGCGUCUGAGACUGUCCUUCACUCAGUUCUGGGCUGCAAUGAUGAUCACCAGGAACACAAUCAAGAGACGACAGUGGAGGGAACAAGAGAGGAACGAGAGGAGCACGGUGAAACCCACCACUGAGACUGAAGAUCACACCUCCACAGGAAUGGAUGUGGGAAUGUUGGAGAUCCCAGCUGAGCUCUCGGCCAGACUACGCAGCGCAGCAGGGCGGCAGCAUGGCUCUGGGGUAACAGAGGUGGCGCCUCCACAGGUGAAAGCAGGACACACCCUCACCCUGCCCCUCGAUAUAGACAGCUACCCCUUCUCACGAUACGCCAACACUACGCUGAAGGAUGGCUGGUGUCAGCCGCAGGGCUACUCCCUCCAGCGACCUCUGACCUAUCUGGAGCCUGAAGACGCUUGCAUCGCUCUGGAGAUCUACAAACUGAUCCUGCGCUUUGCAGGGGACAGUGAUCUGAGUGACUGGCAGGAGCAGCUGUUGGGAAACUACAUCGUGGAGCAGGGCCUUACCAGACCCCCCCUGAGGGAUGAGAUCCUAGCCCAGAUAGCUUACACCACCUGGGGCAGGGAGUCAGAGGAGGGGUCCCUACGGGGCUGGUUGUUACUGGCCUGCUGCCUCAGUGCCUUCACCCCUUCCCCAGCCCUUGACAAAUCCUUGCUCAAGUAUGUGUCUGACAAGGGUCCAGGUGAAUAUCGUUCUCUGUGCCAGCACAAACUCCUCACCUCCCUCCACCUACCCUCCCCCACCUCCCGCCUCCACCCCCCCUCCCAGCUUGAGUGGACAGCCAAUCAGAGGAGAGGAAAGAUGGUGCUGGAUGUACACACCUUCAACGAGGAGAAGAUUACAGCUGAGGUAGAGUCCUGGACCACAGGAGAGCAGCUGGCCUCGUGGCUGCUCCACUUCAGAGGGUUACCUGAGGCUCCUCGAGGCUGGUCUGUGUCUCUGCUGGCUGAAGAGGGCUGGUCUGACCUGCCUGGAUGUGACUUUGUCAUGGACCUGUUGGCUGGAGCAGAGACUGAUACUACACUGGGGACCGCACACACACACACUGACUACCUGUUCAACAACGAGGGAAACCGGAUGAUAACAGAUCUAGAUGGGUUCAUCCCCCCGGCCCCCUCCAUGCAGGCCCCUGGUCUCCCCCAGCAGGAGGCCCCAUGGAACGGCGGAGACUACCAGCCGUCAGAGGGUUCUCGUGGUCGUCAGAUGGAUGCUUAUCUGGAUGACCUCUUUGACCCAGUGCUGGACCAGGGACCAGGGGACAGGGAGCGUAUGGCCAUGUUGAACAGGAGGAUGAGAGGAGGAGGAGGGAUGUAUGGAGCAGGUGUCCCAAUGACAAUGCCAGGGUAUUCUAUGGGAAUGCCGAUGAACCCGGCCAUGCAAGGCUACGGGGCUCAGAUGAUGCCAAGUAUGAUGCCAGCUGCCCCCAUGCCUAUGAUGCCAACCAUGAUGYRYCCCCAGCCAGCUGCACCAGSCSUGYACRCCCAYCAGAUGGRAGCYCAGCAGCAGGCUUUCAUCAACCAACAGGCCCUGCUCAUGCCGGAGAGGGAUUUGGACUUUGCCAGUCCAGACCAGCGUGAGUCUUUCAAGGUGAAGAGAGAGUUUUUCCAGAAGAUUGGUUCUCAGCCCAAGCCAGCAGCCAAACCGUUAAAGCCUCGCCCUGUUCCCAGCAGCCCCCCCAAACAGACCCGUCCCCGCUCCCCCUCUCCACCCCCAGCCCAGACUUGCAACUCCCCCCUCUCCUCCUGCCAGAGACCCAUACCCCCCAGCCCCCCUGCCUCCCCGCCCCCGCCCACCACCAGCAUCCGUGAACAAUACCAGAACCGCCCCGCCAGUGACCCCAGACCCUUCGAGCCCGUCAGGGUUCCAGCCCGGUCGUUUGUGAAGAAGAAUGAUCCUAAAGAGGAGGCCUUGGCGAUCCUCAUGAAUAAAGGACCUGUACAACAGCAGAGAAAGUGGGCCCCUCCUCCCCCGAUCCAGAGGGAGCCCCCCCGUCAGAGACAGCCUCCCCCAGCGUGGCAAUCCUCUCCUCCCUCCACCAGAGGGCCUCGCUCAAUCUCCAACAGCAUGAAGCAGAAACAGCGCUCCCUGGCCGACCUCUUUGGCACGCAGGGUCGUUCCAAGAACCUUCCGCCUGCUCCACCCAGGUCCACCCCUCCUUAUCCCCCAGCCAUCUUUGAAAGCUUGCCAGACCCUCCCGCCAAGGCUGCCCCCACACUCAAUCUGUCUGGGGAGGAGAGUGUUCGCUCCCAGCUCCACAGGUUCUCUGCCAGCGUCUACUUCUCCAACUCUGCCAUGCCUGGCAAACUGUUCCUACGCAAGGAGGUGUUUUACCCCAGAGAGAGGUUCAACCACCCCUACACCCUCAACCUCCUUUGUGAGCAGAUCAUGAGAGACACGUACUCUGACACCUGUGUGAGGAUCACCAGAGAGGAUAGGAGAAAAAUGAAAGACCUACUAGCCAGUUUCCACGUGGGCACCAGUAUCAGCUCGCUUCAGGACGACACUAUGAAGACGAGGAUAGUGAUGGCUGCCAGAGACAACUGGGAAAACUACUUCACACGACUGUUCCCUGUCAAAGGUGGUACCAGCGGGGACACCCAGCUGUUGGGCGUGUCUCAUCGUGGGAUUCGACUGAUGAAGGUGGCCAGAGCAUCAGGCAUAAACCCCAAACAUCUGCGCCUGCUACGGAACUACAGCUAUGCAGAGCUGCUGUCGGUGGAACUGCGGUCUGCAGACAUCGUGGAAUUGAGUCUAAAGGGAGAACAGCUACAGCUGCAGAGCAACAGGGCACCACAGAUCACUGCCAUGGUCAGCCUGUUCCACCAAGAACUCCUCAAUGGCUCAGAUCAUGUGAUUGUCCUGAAGAGCUUUGUGACCGACGACAAGAGCCUGCUCAGCUUCCGCAAGGGUGACAUCAUCAAACUGCUGCCCAUUGACGGCCUCCAGCCAGGUGAGGUCAUCACACUGACCUUUGACCUCUCCUUCUCUUUUUCUCUCAUCCUAAACCUGCUCUCUCCUUAUUUCUCAGGUUGGUGUUUCGGUUCCAUCGGGGGGCGCUCCGGCCUCUUCCCCAUCGAUGUCACUCAGCCGUCUGCCCCUCCUGACUACCACCACGUCCACCUUGACCGCCUCGACGAGAGGAGGAAGAGCAUGAGAGCCCCCAAGCCGCCCGCUGCCACCAGACUCCCAGCUCCCAGGUCCACUCCCCACACUGGCUCAGCACAGCCCAGCCGAGAGAGCUCCAUGCUGGGGUCAGCUCGUUCCGUCCAAGUAUCGGUCCAGGGCAGUGAGAUGAGUGAGGUCCAGACGUCCCUGAUGACAGAGUUUGCCAUGAAAUACUUCAGAGACACUGCCACCAGAAUGGAGGGUAAAGGUCUGCUUAAUGGAGGUAGAAACUUCUCAGAGAUGCUUCAGUACACCGAGGUUCCUAUUCAGGAAUCCCUCAUCCUGUACAAUGAUCCUGGGCUCAAUGUCCUGGCUGUCCAGGCCUUCCUGAGUGUGAUGCAGUUCAUGGGAGACCAGCCUCUUGGGAGGCACACGUCUGAGGGAGACUGUGUCAGCUAUAUCUUGAUGUUAGGGAAGGAGAAGGAGUUUCUGAGAGAUGAGGUUUACUGCCAGGUGAUCAAACAGACCACAAACAACACACACAAAGAGAGAUGUACCCGAGGUUGGCGUCUGUUGAACCUGGUAGCAGGGUUCUUCCCCUGCUCUGGCACCCUGAACCCCUACAUCACAUGUCAUCUACAAAACAUCAGCCAAGACCCCACACACCUCUACCAAGAGCUGUCUCAAAACUGUAUGGAGAACCUGUUCCGGACUCUGAUCCACGGAGGUCGCAGACACGUCCCCUCUCACGCGGAGAUGGAAGCCAUACUGGCUGGCAGACAAUCUCGUCGUUUCCCCAUCAAGCUGCCAGGUGGAGUGGAGUUCUUCUGUAAGAUACGCAGCUUCAGCGUGGCUCUGGAGGUGGUGGAAGAUCUGUGUACAGAUAUGGGCAUCCAGGACCCGUCAGAAGUCAAGGAGUUUUCUAUCCAUGCCAGCCGGGACAAGGAUGGGAUGGUGCGGCCUCUCCACUCAGAUGAGUACCUGUUUGACUUCCUAUUGGACGACGGCUCCAUCUUCCUGUCCUUCCACCGCGUCAUAUGGACACACCCACUUCACUUUGACAACGACCUCUACCUGGAGUUCCACUUCCAACAGGUCCUGGGUAACUACCUGGACGGCGAACUGCUGCUGCCAGGCAGUGGUGCCGCUGUCGUCCAGCAGACGGCAGAGCUGGCUGUCCUGCAGCACCUGGCACAGGGCCUCACUCAAGAGCCUUCCGUGCUUGAACUGAAGGGGUACCUCCCCCAACAGGAAGGGGGCAGCACCAACCUGGAGCAGAUCCACACUAUCUCCCUCAGAGAGAUAACCGCCAUGCGCUCCCUCAGCCCCCGCGACGCCAAGGCACGCUUCCUCGAAUGCCUGAGCUCCCUGCCUCUGUUCGGUUCUAAUAUCUUCCUGGCUCAGAAGGUCAGCCAUCGCAGCUGCCCCUCGCCCUGCCUGGUGGCUGUCAACCAAGAAGGAGUGCUGUUCUGCCAUCCCAAUACGCAGGAGCGGGCAUUAAUGAUCCCAUUGGUGGAGGUGCAGUCACUGCGCUCAGUUAAACCCAAGAAAGACAAGAAGGUGCCUGGAGUGGAGAUCAACUACGGCAACCCAGGACUCCUAAAAACCAUUACCAUCCACCUCAAACAGGCCAAGAAGCUGUGCCACAUCAUUGCUGUCAUCAUGGAGGCAGUGUGCAGAACCGUGCCAUCAAUAGUCCCUAGCCGCCAGGUGCUCUCUAUGAGCCUCUCUUUGGUGAUUGAUUGA